AUGGCGUCAAUGGAGAUCAUGGUGGGAUCGCCAGCAUCAGCAGGGGCGAAAAAAUUGGUGUGUCGUGUCUGCCAGAAAGGAUUUACCAAGGCCGAGCACCUUCGAGAUCCGUCGGCUGACCGGAAGAGCUCCAUAGACACCGGAUCAAAGCCAUAUGUCUGCAAAGAAUGUCGCCGGCCCUUUGCUCGGCAGGAUGCACUUACCCGACAUGAGAAGUUGCACCUCCGUGAUAUGAAUGCCAAAAAUGGCACACCCGUAGCUUCAGCUCAUCCAUCUGUAUCCCUGGACUCUAUGGCUUCAUGGGAAUCAAGCAGUGCAUCCAUUGGGGGCCCAGCGUCAACUACGGCGACUAGUCAAUCUUGGGAUGAGCAGCAAUCAGAGCAUCAGCAGAGCAUGCAUAAUGUUGCUUCCGAUCUCGAUUUUGCUCUGGUCUGGCCGGACUCGGAAGAUCUCUUCCAAAGUUUGAUGGCUUCAGAUAAUCCAGAUCAGUGGCAGAUACCGUUGGGGACUCUGCCGUUUCCACCAGUCGUGCAGGAUAUCAAUGGCUUGAACGGUAUGAAUUUCGGAUCGCCUAAUUCUUUUGAUGAUCGUAGUUCUUCCGUCGGAGCAAUUCCUUCCGGUGGAGGCCACCAAGCCGUCCGUGACGUGACUGAAAUGGUUACUAGCUCGUCCUCAAGUGUCACCGCUGCCGUCAAGUCUACCUCUGUCACGUCAGUCUUUCUAGAUGAAUGUUUGCACAUGUUCUUUGUCCGUUUCAUUCCAACGUUCCCUAUACUACACCGAGCUACUUUCGUUUUUCGCGAGUGCACGCACUCUCUUUUAUUAAACGCCAUUGCUAUCGGUUCAUUAUAUCUCGGGCCAAACGAUGCAAUACCAAAAGGCGAGGCUUUAUGGCGACUCGCUCAUACUGCUGUCGCUACCUCAUGGCAAUCAUUAAUCACACACAAUGGGCCCUACGAUGCUUGUAAAGGCGUGCAGCUGAUGAUCACGGCUUUGUUGGGCCAAAUAUACGGAGCUCUGUCUAAAAACCGCGCAAUUCGAACAACAAGCCAAGUCUUCCGGCCCCUGGGAUUUUUCUGGGCUCGACAAUGUGGAAUGUAUGAGAGUGAGCCUUACUCUCUGGAGAAUUUACCUUCUGCAGACGCUCCUGCGGCCGAAAAGGAUCAUCAGUGGCGUAUCUGGGCUGCACGUGAAAUUCAACAGCGAGCUCUACUGGCAUACUACGUACUGGAUGGACUUGUGGCCCAGAUGUCUGGUGAUGGGGCUUCUGCUCGUCAUGUUUCAAACCCAUUGAGCCUUCCCAAUUGCGAACGCGUGUUCGAUGCAAGUACCGCAGAUGAAUGGCUAGCACAUAUGCAUUCCCAAACACCAGAUCAAACCUCCUUUCGAGUCGUCUUUCGAUCUCUCUUCCCACCCGUUGGGAAUUUCAGAGCACUUGACUACCAAUUCUCUGCAUUCGGUCUUCGAGUGGCCUUGGAGGGUCUUCAGUCUUUAAUUUCCGAUAGUGAUGAGCAUGACUUAGCCGUGGGAGUACCCGGUCGAUCCGAUAUACGCAGGGCUCUUGCCCAGGUUCACGAAACGAUAUCCAUGAGUAUUCAUUUCUCUGCUGCCGAGAGACUCGAGCUGUUGCUACGUUGGCACACAGUCUGCCUGGACACAAUGAUCAACUCCACCGUUCUUUCCCGCCACCAUGUAUCAGGGGGCUGUCGAAUAGCUCGGCCUGACUUCAACAUCAUCAAAUGGACAAGUACAGAAGAUGCCAAGCGAGCAGUUCUACACGCUGUUGCUAUCCAAGAUAUAAUCGAGCAGUUGCCACGUGGACGAGCUCAUGUCGUACACAUGCCAAGUUCACUAUUCUCCGCGGCUACAAUAUAUGUUGUCUUCUCUCUUGCUGGGUUGGCAAGUGUUAAUCUCCCCCGAACAAUCCUCUGGCAAGAUGCCUUACUCUCUCACUCUGAUCUUCACAUCGGUCAUGAUGAAAUACGUCCCCGGUCGAGCUCUGAGACUAGGCGUUUUGUUGAAACGAACGAAGGUUUAGCGUCCGCUCCAAAUGGGGGCGCCACUCGCAACCUUCUUUACGAACUCAAUUCCAUCCAAAAGCUUUUCCGUUGCCUUGCAUCACAAUGGGGAAUUGCGCACGACAUGGGAAACAUUGUAGCCGAGUGGAUUAAGUUAUGCCAUUGA